AAGAAUGGAUGCUGCCUGACUUGUGUAUCCUACACUUCAAUGGUUGUCACAGUGGUUGCUCUUAUUUCCAUAUCACCAGAGUCAUGAUAUCAUGGCCUAAAUAUCUGUCGUUGGUUUUAUUUACUUCAUUUCUGUCAAGCAUUCUCUACUGUUGGUUUUAUGUGAGAUGAAAUCCUUCAAAAUUAUUAACUCGGAUGCUUUGUGAUAUCAUGAGCUUCUUUUCUGCCUCCUCUUCUCUGGUGAUGAUUGGAUUCCUUAAAGCAAUGCAGUAUUCAGUAUUGGUAAUCUUAUUGAUCUUGGUGGAACUGGGAUGUGCAGCUUUUAUAUUCUUUGACAAAAGCUGGAAAGACGAUAUUCCAACUGACAAAACUGGGGACUUUGAUAUGCUAUAUGAAUUUCUGGAUGAUAACUGGGAAAUUGUCAGAUGGGUUGCUCUUGGGGCUGUUAUUCUGGAGGCCCUGGUGUUCUUGUUAGCUCUUUUGGUAAGGGCUGCUAAUAGGCCAGCAGAGUAUGACAGUGAUGAUGAGUAUAUAGCUGGCCCAAGGCAACAAAUUCAGCAGCCAUUGAUCAACAGCAGAUCUGCAGUUCCAGCCGCAAGUGUACCUGUUGCUGGUACCCUUGAUAAUCGUCCCGGCAGAAAUGAUGCUUGGAGUACGCGAAUGAGGGAAAAGUAUGGGCUUGAUACUUCCAAGUUCACAUACAACCAGCAAACUGCCACACAGCCAGCCGAGGAAAGGAGUCGGUGCACCAUCAUGUGAUAAUCUUCGUGGUUUUGCUCAAGUGUGAAAUUGGGUCCAGUUCUGGAAACUGACUCUCUCAUCAGCUGGUGUGAGAACUUUGUUGUAUGGUCAGAUUACAGUAGAUCUGCGUUUCUGUUAAAAGAGUUUGUGUACAAAACACAAUCUUCAGGAGCUUUACUUAUUUUCUACUGCCCACUCUGAUUUCUUCUUUGAAAGACAUCUCUUCUUUUGGAUGUAUUACCAUUUGGUGUCUAAAAUUGUAUCCCACGGUUGAGUUCGUUGUGGACUUGUGGAUGGUGGUUGCGGUGGUUGGGAUUUUGUACAACGAAAGAAAGAACCAGUGAGUUUGCUUAAUCCUUACAGUAAAAGUUCAGCUGUAGGUUGUUAGUUCACUGUGUCUUAUUCAAGUUGUGUCUUAUGUUUUGCUAAUGCUUAUGCUUGUAUUCUGAUCAGUGGCUUGUGAUUCAUAUAAUAGCAUAACUACAUUUUGUGUAGUCAAUGCUUGAUAGUUGAGACGAGGUUCAAUUGAGUUGAGUUAUAUUCCGUG